CCAUUUUGUUUGCAAUUAUGUAAUGCUAACUAACAUACACAAAUCUACAAUUUGACGAGUUAAGUUGGAAUGCAAGUUGCGAGUUGAUGAUGCGAAUUUUUAACGGCGACGUUGUGCAUACAGGGUCUCAAAAAAUGUUUAGCCUUACAAGUAGUAAAGCAAAUGAAGGCAUUAUUUAGUUUGCUUAUUAAUUAAUUAACAGAUUGUUUGUCGUCUUAUGUGUCAUUAAGGCACAUUUUGUGAAUUUCAGUAGGAAAUAUUUAUCAACUGGCGACUAGUAGUUAUUGCUUUGGGAUAUUUUUACGUAUUAUUUUAUUAUUUUUCACGUGUGUUGUAUCUGCAGAGCGAAAACGAAUUACAAUAUAUAGUUUAGUUCUGAAAUAUCUUGUGUAUGGAAGGCAGUCAGCAGUCAGUCAGUCGAUAGCAAACGGUGUCAGUAGCAAGCAGCGUCAUUAGCAAGGAACAAAUGUUGGUAAACGCUAAGAUUGCACAAGUGGUACAACUUCCAACCUUAAUUCCUGUCAACAAAUUAACUUACGGCACUGGUGCUGCUUCAGACAAAUCACAAGAAAACAGGAUCGUACAAUUGUUAGACACGAAAAUUACUCAACGACCUGCUGAUGUGUCACCAAGAGCCUUACAACAAACAUUGAAAACAUAUCCUGGUAAGAAGUCUAUCGAUACUAAACAACAAAUCAAAACAAUUGCGACAACAACAAACAAAAGUGCAUCCAACAACAAGCCAAACAAUAUGCAAGUCAAAAUGAGCGUUAAUAGCACACAGUUGGUACAAUAUAAAACGCAAACUUCCGAGCUCUCCCAUCUUAAUGCACCAGAGGAAGAAGUUUUAAAGCAAGAGCACAGCUUAGGCACUGGCACUGGCACUCCGUUAUACCAUGCACAAGACACAAUUUCCAUAAUUCCAACUAAUUUUGCUUACGCCGAAAGUGACUUGCCAACAGAAUUGUCAGUGCUACCAAAUACAAACAAAUCAGUAAAAGCAGUAUUUGCAACCGAACCAGCAAGUGUAACGCUUGAAAAAUUACCUUUAAAACCAGCAAAUAUUGAUAGUACAAACAAAAAUCAGUUAAUUCCAGAAGCUGCAAAUGGUGUGCCAACAAUGCCAGCAGGCGAAAAAACAAUAUUGCGAAAACGACAAAAAGAACUUGAUGAAAAAGCCCGUAUACAGCGUUCCAAAUCCUUGAGCAUUUCCCAAAUAGUCGAAAAUGAUACCAACAAUGAACGUCGUUUUUCACUCAACGUUGAAUCUAUUGAAACUGAUAAUAAUGAUUUAAUCAUCGAUUUAGAUGGACUCCUUGAUGAGAAUGAUGAAGAGAAAUUACAAGAAGAAGAAGGAGCAGUUGUUGGUGCCAACAUAACGAACAACAGUUACGACAAUAAUGGCAUUGCUGAACCGUACGAUGAUGAGGACGACGACGAUGAUGAUGAUGAUGUACAAAUUGUACAAACUUAUUCUACACCCAAUAAAGAGUUCACAAACUCUACAGCAGAUCGUAUCAGUGAAGAAAUAGCACCAAGUCAUCAAUUACAAAUAACUGAUGUUAAAGAAAAUUAUGCUUAUGAUAUUAAUACAGAUGUAUCAACAAUUCAACAAAAUACACCUCCUGUAAAUAAUACAAAACAAAAAAACCCAACUAAUGCUAAAGCUAAUUAUAAUGUUCUUAAUAAGACUACAAAAAAACAUAGAAGUUCCUUGGAAAUAGAAAUUACUCCCGAUGUAUCCAUUAUUCACCAAUCAAAUGCAGGCACGGAUACUUCGUUGCUGUGUGAUGAGCCAUUUUUGCUAUCAUCAUCAUCAUCCACUACAGCUUCAUCGAAUAAUAAUUCACGUACAUUAGAAGUAGAACCAACAACAGUGAUUAAGAAGAUACAAACAACAAAAACGAAAUCUUCCGAAUCUGCUGGAAAUAAAUCUGCUGCAUGUUCUGAUAGCAGAAAAGUGCCAGAGCAUACACGAAAUUUAUUAGCUUGGAAUAAUAAUGUAGGAUCUGCACGUGGCACAGAUAUACGUUUCGAGUUAAAUGAAUUCAGUUUGUUACAGAUACAUGAACGUUGCGCUGCUCGCGAACGUUCAAUAAAUUUCUUCGAGAAACCAAUAGGUGAACGUCAAAUCUCUUUAAAAGAUGAUCCAUUGUUAUACAUGUGCAAACAUUGUAAUACACACGGACCGGCUGUUAAAUUCUUGGCACCGCAAUAUUGUUCCACUGAAUGCUUAAAUCGCUCAAUAAUCAUAAGUCGUGGAAAUGUUGUGGCAAAACAAAUUUCUUCGAAGCGUCAACGCAGUGAGACUUACUUUUUGCCAGUACCUAGUAAUAAUUCUGUCAAUAUUGCAAAAAGAACGUUCCGCUGGACAGAAUACCUUUCCGACAAAAAUGGUAGAGCUGCUCCAAUACAUCUCUUUAUAAAUCCCUUUCCAGUUGCACCUAAUAUGUUUCAAGUGGGAAUGAAACUUGAAGCAAUUGAUCCAAUGAACUGUUCGUUGUUUUGUGUUUGUACUAUUGUGGAAAUUCAAGGAUUCCGCAUGAAAUUGCAUUUUGAUGGGUACGAUAUAGCUUACGAUUUCUGGGUAAAUGCUGAUUCCAUGGACAUAUUCCCACCUGGUUGGUGUAGCAAAAACAAUCGCGUUUUGCAACCACCAAAAGGCAUCGAUCAUAAAGUAUUUAAUUGGCAUAUAUACUUGGAUAAAACAAAGGGAAAAGCUGCUUAUAAACAUUUAUUUACGCAUCUCAAAUAUGACAGCUCACAGGAAAGAAAUCCAUUUAAGGUUGGUAUGCACCUAGAAGCUGAAGAUCUUAAUGGAAAUGGUCAAAUAUGCGUAGCAUCAGUUGCCGAUGUAUUGGGUGAUCGUAUACGUGUACAUUUCGACGGUUAUAAAUACUGUUUUGAUUAUUGGGUAGACAUAUGUUCGCCUUACAUACAUCCAUGUGGUUGGCACUCUAGUCGUCAAGAACUAACAGUACCACCAAAAUUUAAGUACACUCGUUUCGAUUGGGCGGAGUAUAUAAAACAAGAACGUUGUGGCGUUAUAGCACCAGAGGAAUUCUUUAGACCGCGUGACCCUAUUGAUUUUAAACCACAUAUGAAAUUAGAAGUUGUUGACCCAUGUAAUCCAACGCUUAUCCGUCCCUCGCAUAUAAUAAGUCGUAAAGGGCAUCGUAUAAAAGUUCUGUUUGAAGGAUGGCAAAAAGAAUAUGCCUUCUGGUUAGAAGAUGAUAGUCCCGACUUGCAUCCAAUCGGCUGGUGUGACGGAACUGAUCACAAACUUGAACCACCACCAUGUUAUCAAAAUUCAACCACAAGCGUACUAUGUACACUAUCUGGUUGUCGUGGCAUUGGAAAUGCUAAAAAUUGUCACCUAAACACUCAUACAACUGUUGAUAGUUGUCCUUAUUUCGGAGCAAACUGGUUUAAAAGAAAUAUAAAACCAUUGCGUAUAGAUUCCUCACUAACCAUACGCAAACCAAUUAUAAAAACAAAUAUUGAUGUACAAAAGAAACAAACAAGUAAAAUACAAAAUAUUCUUAUGGAAACACAAAAUCAACCAAGGUUACAAAAAGUUGAAGCUUUCCAUCCAGAAAGAAAAUUGGAUAUGACAAGAAAGAGACGAAAUUCAGUUAGUGUUGUUGAUUUGAUGGUAGAACAACCUGAAAUCAAAAUUGCUAAAAAUUAUUUGUGUGAUUAUGGUCCACGUUUGCUACAAACCUAUGAUUUAUGGCAAAUGAAUCAAGACUUCAAUAUGAGCGAUAUAACUACGAAUCCAAUGAAUUGGACUAUAAAGGAAACGUGUGCAUUCGUCGAGAAAAUAUUAAGCUCACAUAUUGCAUGUAAGUUUUCCAAUGAGGAAAUUGAUGGUACGGCUCUACUGAUGCUAUCACAAAGUAAUCUAACAGACGAUUUAGCAAUUCAUCUGGGUCCUGCCGUCAAACUGUUCUCACAUAUUUUGUCGCUACGAGCGUUGGUAGUGAAAAAGUUUUUAUAUGUUCCUGUUACUAUAUAAAUAGCAACAAAUAUAUCAACUCUUUGUAAUAUAUUUCUUAAUUAUACAGUUUACUUAAAUACUGAAAAAUUUUGUUCACUCCGCAAUGUACAUGAAAAUAAUUUUUUUUUGUUUAUAGAUUUAUCCAUAUGUAACAUUGCUUCCAUAUUUAAUUUUAAUUUGUUAAACCUAAGGUUA